AUGGAACACGUUGCACUUGACUUGACUGGACUAGUAACAAAAGUCCAGUCUGUUCCAUUCGCACGUGGCGGUUUUGCAGAUAUAUGGCUAGGUGAACUCAACUGGUUAAUCACGUCCCCUGUGCAACGGGUCGCUAUAAAAGUUCCUCAUGUCACUAGUAAGCACCUUAGAGGUACCGAACGUCAAGAAAUAGAGAGGAGACUCGCGCGGGAACUCAAAACAUGGCGCACUCUUCGACAUCCUAACAUUCUCCCACUACUUGGCACUUGCACGGACCUCGGAACCUUCCCUUUCGCACUACCAUUACCUUCGAUGAUCACCGAAUUUUGUCCUCUAGGCACGCUCGCGGACUACCUAGUUGAGCAUGAUGAGCCGAUCGAUGAUCUAGCUAUGGCAAGUAUCCAAUCCCAACGUCCUCCGGGGUGA